CGGCCAGUCAUGUGAAUGGAAACCAAAUUACGCAUCCGCUUCUCUGCACGAAAAAUAAAGUUCCAGGAAAGAUGCACGAAGAGGACGAUGGCGAGUCGAGCCCGGGCCCAACUUCCCCGCUCGAAGCCUCGAAGCCGGGUGACGCGGUCGACGCGGAGUUGGCUAAGGAGCAGACCGCCAAGCUGUGCGGCUUUUUGAGCAAACUGUCCGGCAAGGGGCCCCUGAGGGGGUACAAGCCACGGUGGUUCGUGUACGAUCCCAGGAAAUGUUAUCUGUAUUACUUCAAGAGUCCGCAGGACGCGUUGCCGCUGGGACACAUCGAGAUCGGCGAUGCUUGCUUCAGCUACGACGUGGAGGGCGAGGAGGGGCACUUCGGGAUCAGCACGGCGGGGAAAGAGUUUCUGCUCAAGGCCCCCAGCAAGCCGAUGAUGCACUUCUGGCUGCAGCAACUCCAACAGAAGCGUUGGGAGUUCAGCAACUCGAGAGGCUUUGGACAGAGAGACAGUUUGAGCUCUCCUAUCUUGGCCCACCCUCUAUGUGGUCUUGUAGGCAAAGACAACGAUGCGUUUAUCUUUGAGAAUCUCAGCAACAGCAUGGAAAAGGUCCGCAGUGACUUGACCACGGAGACCAAGAUGGAAGGUGGCGUAAUGGCUGGGAUCCAAUCAACCAGAGGGACUGCUGCUUCUACAAAUACCCGCAAUUUGACCCUCAAAAACUUUGGUACAGAGAUCAGGAACUCUAUGUCGAUGCUUCGACCGGGUAGGGUAGGCGACAGCAGACGGAGUGUGUUUUACACCGGCAACAGCAGUGCAGACGAGUGGGAGAUGGUGGAAGCUCAACCCAUAAAUUUCCCAGAACCGAAACCUCAUCCAGAUACUCACAGGCAUUCCUUUGGAUCAGCGUUUGAUUUUGUACGCAACUCGUCAAGGCCCAGAAGGCCUCUGCUGCGAGACAUGAUGGGCUCUGGAAAGUUUGGCCGCAACGCCGAGACUCGCAGCGUUGAGAGCUCUCCUGUGGAGUUUAAUGGCAAAUCUUUGGAGUUGCAGCUUCGCCUCCAAAGCCAGCAAGAAGAGCUGUGUCGCGUGCAGCAGGAACAGACAAAACUCAAGGAGGAGCUGGCCAGUCAGAAGGAGCUGGUGAGACUUUUGCAGCAAACUUUAAGAACAUCCCAGGGUGAUCGUCAGCCAGAACGUCGUACAGUCCCUCCAUCAGAUCCAUCAUCAACAGAGUCCGAUCAGGUUAACUGUCCAAUAGUAACCCAGGAGGAGGUUGCCCGUCUGGAGGCCCUAGUUCAAGAACGAGAUGAACAGAUCCAGUCCUUGUGUGGCCACAUGGAGCGCCUUGCCCUGGAGAAAGAAAGCCUUCAACAAGAGUUGAAGGGCCUGAAAAUAAAAGUGGGGGAGAUCAACGAGCAGCUGGGCAUGCUGAUGGAAACCAUCCAGGCCAAAGAUGAAGCCAUCAUGAAGCUGUCCAACUCAGAGCAGAGCGGGAAUACAAAUGAUGGUUCACCACCUCUCAGCAAAGAAAAUCAGGAGUUGGACACCCUUAAGGACAGUCUUCAAGGCUAUAAAACUCAAAACCAAUUUCUAAACAAAGAGAUCCUGGACUUGACAGUAUUGCGCAGAAAUGCAGAAAGUAGAGAAAAGGCUCUAGAAGGAAAGUACACCGCUCUGGAGGCCAAGUUGUGUCAGGUGGAGAGUAAGUAUUUGGUGCUCCUGCAGGAGGUGAAGAACCCAGUGUGCUCAUCUGCAGAACAGAGUCCAGCCCGGGAGGUCAUCUCCAGAUUGUUAGAGGAUGCUCUUCAGGCAGAACACCAUGUUUUUAAACCAAACACUGUCAGGUACACCAAAGCUCUCAUCAUUUUUAUUGAAAUAGAACCUCCUCUGGCAGUGACAGACAGCAGACUGGGGCUCAAUGCCCUGGCUGUUGACAGUGUUUGCUUCUUUUCGCCACAGAUCAUGUUCCGCUUUGCUCUUGCUCUCUUCAAACACAAAGAGGAGGAGUUCUUGAAAUUACAGGAUUCCACCACCAUCUUCAAAUAUCUCAGAUACUUCACACGUACUAUCCUGGAUUCAAGGAAGCUGAUGAACAUCGCCUUCGUGGACAUGAACCCCUUCCCAAUGAGACAAAUUCAAAACCGGCGCUCCUUCCAUUUGGAGAAGGUCCGUCUUGAGCUGACCGAGCUGGAGGCCAUCAGGCAGACCUUCCUGCGGGAGAGGGAAACGUCACAGGACGGCCGCUCUUUCGUCAGCGAUGACGAGGAGGAUAACUGAACCUUAUUUGUUUCCCUCAGCGGAACAAGAAUGUGUUUUCUACAGCUGGACCGACAUAUCAUUAUCAGUAUUCCUGCCUUCUUUACAUUCUUUAUGCAAUACUUAUCUGAAUCCAAAUCAGUAUUUCUGCAAUUGUGCUGUGAUAAUUUUUUCAAGUCCACUCUUAUCUCACUUUAAAAAUGAUGUCACCAGUCAUUUACAUACCUCUUCGUUUUUUUCAAUAUUCAUAUCGGACUAUAAAAAAAAAAUCAAUCCAUUAAAAUUUGUGUCAAAAAUGCUCUUGAACAAAAUCUUUAAAGCAAAGGAAAAUAUUUACAUAAGAUUAAAAUAGAUUGUAAAUAGUUAGCCAAUUAUUGAGAACUGAAAUCCAACGUAAACAGGCUGUUUAUUAGCUGAUGAAAAGUUUAAAACUAUUGCACUUAUUCAGGUUAUAUAUUUUUUGUAUUUUUUUUUUUAUGUUUACCAACACAGCAGUUACAGUCCACAGGCACAAAUAGAAGUCUUUUUGUUUUGCUUUUUUGUUCAGGGGUUAAAAAAAAUGUUUUUCUUAUAAUACACUUGUAUCUCUCACCUGUUUUUGUUGAAAAAAGAAAAAAACAAGUCUUAAUGUCACACACACUUCCACUUAUGUUACAAGCUGUAGACGAGCUGCUAAAAAGACGUGAGAGUGAUGUAGUUGCGUUCUAUGUCCACAGGGCGGCAGUGCAAUUUAAGUUAGCCACCAAGUCAAAUGUUACAUGUUUUUAUAAAUACCACAUUUCAAUGAAAAAUAUGUUUGGGUGUACUUGUUGAAUUGUUGAUUUUGACGGUACAGUUAUGUCUUAAUUUCUUCCAAAAGCUGCUUUAGUCCUUCAACAAAGUGACGGUUUUUCUCACCUGUCUUAUUCUCUUUUUUCCGCUGAUAUGUUGUUUACUAUAAACUGUUUCUUUUUAUAUAUAUAUAAAUGCUGUUAUUUGCUAUUCA